AUGUCGAGCGAGAGCUGUUUUAGCUGUGGAAAGCCCACGACUGAUUGUACCUGUCCCGGUGGCGGCCACGAGGAAGGUAUUGUUUGCGAUGGGAUCUAUUAUCCAUAUGUGAAACCACAAGUGAACCAGGGCGGCUACGGCUCCAGUGGUAGCUCGAGCGGAAGCUCUGGUGCUACCCCUGAUGGCACAUCUGAAGAACUCUCAAGCACACAUCAAAACGAAAAAUUAACUUGGCCCAUAACAUUCAGAGCUUGA